AUGACCUCCUCGACCACAUCAUUUCGGCCGCAGCCCGGGCGGCGGCCGUCAAUCAGCUCCCGGCUUUCCUUUGCCAUGUCGCAUGCCGAGUCCGGAGAGGAUAUCAGCGCCGCGGUGCCCGCGCAAGCGCAGAUCGCGGAAGAGAUUGCCGAAAUCAAGCGAUACGAGGACUUUACAACGAUCGAUUGGGUGCAAGACGCCGCCCGCGAGCAGGCGAGACGAAAGUCGAAACAGCGGCGCGCGGCCGGCCUAUACGGACAGGGACAAACAAACUGGCGCCAUCGAGUGUCGCAGUCCUAUGACGCUGCGCAGGGUUGGAUCGUCGUCACCAUCAUUGGUGCGGCGAUUGGUCUGAAUGCCGCAUUCUUGAACAUUGUCACUGAGUGGCUGUCCGAUAUCAAGAUGGGAUACUGCACGACAGCAUUCUAUCUCAACGAAAACUUUUGCUGCUGGGGGGAAGACAACGGCUGUCCUCAAUGGCACAGAUGGACUGGCUUCGCGCCGUUCAAUUACUUUAUAUACAUGGCAUUUGGCACCGUGUUCGCCUUUGUCUCUGCUUCCUUGGUACGAUCAUUCGCGCCAUAUGCGGCUGGUUCAGGCAUUUCGGAAAUCAAGUGCAUCAUUGCAGGCUUCGUCAUGAAGGGCUUUCUCGGCUUUUGGACACUCGUCAUCAAAUCAAUAUGCUUGCCUCUGGCGAUUGCGUCCGGCCUUUCCGUCGGAAAAGAAGGCCCCAGCGUCCACUAUGCAGUCUGCACGGGCAACGUCAUUUCGCGUUUGUUUCAGAAAUACAAGAACAACGCCUCCAAAACGCGAGAGAUCCUCAGCGCCUGUGCUGCAGCGGGUGUAGCCGUUGCCUUUGGCAGCCCUAUCGGCGGUGUGCUGUUUUCUCUCGAAGAAAUGUCUAGCUACUUUCCCCUCAAGACCAUGUGGCGCAGCUACUUUUGCGCCCUGGUUGCUACGGCUGUUCUCUCAGCAAUGAAUCCAUUCCGAACUGGUCAGCUUGUCAUGUUCCAGGUCAAAUACGACCGUGACUGGCACUUUUUCGAAAUCCUCUUUUACAUCAUCAUUGGCAUUUUUGGUGGUCUGUAUGGCGCGUUUGUUAUCAAGUGGAAUUUGCGAGCACAAGCUUUCAGGCGAAAGUAUCUCAGCAACUAUGCAAUCCUGGAAGCUACUUUACUCGCUGCCGGAACUGCUCUCAUCGCUUACCCCAACGUGUUUCUACGCAUUGACAUGACGGAGAGCAUGGAAAUCCUCUUCCUCGAAUGCGAAGGAGGUGAAGAUUACCAAGGCCUCUGCGAUGCGGACAAACGGUUUUGGAAUAUCAUGUCACUCAUCAUUGCUACAGUCUUGCGAGUAUUCCUCGUCAUCAUUUCAUACGGCUGCAAAGUUCCUGCCGGUAUCUUUGUCCCUUCAAUGGCCAUUGGCGCGUCUUUUGGACGAACUGUUGGCAUCAUUGUUCAAGCUAUAUAUGAAGCGAACCCUACCAGUGUUUUCUUCUCUGCUUGUAAGCCUGAUGAGCCUUGCAUCACACCAGGCACAUACGCAUUCUUGGGUGCAGCUGCUGCGUUGAGUGGCAUCAUGCACAUCACUGUCACAGUUGUCGUCAUCAUGUUUGAGCUUACAGGCGCUUUGACUUACAUCCUGCCGACCAUGAUCGUUGUCGGCGUCACAAAAGCCGUGAGCGAGCUUUUCGGCAAAGGUGGUAUUGCUGAUCGCAUGAUAUGGUUUAACGGAUUUCCAUUUCUGGAUAACAAAGAGGACCACAACUUUGGCGUGCCGGUCUCGCGGGUCAUGCGCUCUUCGGUCGUCUCACUUCCUGUAAGCGGCCUGACAUUGAGUGAAGUCGAGCAGCUCUUGGUCGAUGAUAAAUAUCAAGGAUUCCCAAUUGUCACAGACAACAACAGCAGGACUCUGGUUGGAUACAUUGGGCGCACGGAGCUGAGGUACGCAAUCGAUCGCAUCCGGCGUGAGCGGCCUAUGAGUCCGUCUGCGCGAUGCCUCUUUACCCCACCACCUCCAGCAAAUUCGGCAACCACAAUCACGUCUACUGUGACUGUGAACGUAGAGUCAAUGUCAUCCACAUCGCUCGACUUUGGUCGCUACGUCGAUGCGACACCUGUCACUGCUCACCCGCGGCUGCCGCUCGAAACAGUCAUGGAACUGUUUCGGAAGAUUGGGCCCCGUGUUAUUUUGAUCGAAUACCACGGCAAGCUGACUGGUCUGGUCACCAUCAAGGACUGCCUCAAGUAUCAAUUCAAGGUGGAGCACGAGGAGAAUCCAAAGGAUGACCAGCACCUUGUAGAGGGCCAGGAGCAAUUGUGGGGUGCUCUUCGCCGCGCUGGCACUUGGAUAUCAGAUCGCAUAUUGAGCGUUUCCGGAGGUAGGGUUCGCCUCAGUGGGCAGUUCGACGAAGAGAGAUCGAGGAAUCGAAGCGGCGCCAUACUGGAUGGCGACGAAGACGUCGGCGAUGAGGGGGUAGAAUUGGAACGGCGUCGAGCUUGA